AUGCUCCGGAACCCUCAGGUCUUUGAGAAGAAUGUCUCCUUGCAGGUCCUCGAGAUGGAGUGGCUACCCCAUUCGGGCGACCCCCACGAGCGUCUCCCUCUGGCAGUGGUCGCCGCCGACGGCAGCUACCGGCACCUCGACGUCUAUUCCGACGUCCUGCGGGCCCACCCCCGGAACCGGAAACUCAUCCGGCCGCGACCCCUGAAACCCCUCCCCCCAUUCCGGGCGGUUCCGCUUGACGAGCCCCCUGGUGCUCCCGCAAGCGCAGGCGCUCGCUUUGAGAAUGUUAUUACAGCAGGGGUUGCGGCCGGAGUGACUGGAAGGGGGGGCGGCGGCGCGCAGCCUGGGGAUUCUGAGCAACGGACACGAAGUCGGAGGAGCAGCCGGCGUCUGAACUGCAUGCUGACGUCAUCGCGCGAGCGGAGUGACGUCAGCAGAAAAGGCCUUCACCAAGCUGCCCAGGAUCCUCAGGGACCCCGCACGGCCAAGGCGCUUACACUGCUUCAGCCCUACGCAGGAGAACUGGCUCCCGCUGUGAAACUGAUUCGAAGGCCGUGCGUCCCUCGCGAUCAGGACGUGCGUCUCUGGACGAGAGCGGAGCGGACGAAUCGUUUCCUAGUAAGGUGGAAGGCUUCUCUCCAACCAAGCGUGUGCGCUGGGGACCAUCCACUGGGGAUACUGAAGAACAGCUUGAUCUGGCCCACCCACAAUGGCUCCCCUCACCGUGCGGCUCUGGUUGGUGCUGGGAGCAUAUUUCCUAGCUGCCCCGCUCAACCUGGCUGCGGCUCAAGGCCCGUCAGCAGGAAGCCCACCACCACUGCAGGAUCCUGCGUCAACCAGCCUCCCCAUGAAUCCCCCUCCCCAGGGGACCAGCCUUCCCUCCCCUCUGCAGCCCCCCCCUACAAACGUGCCGACAACACCCCUGCCUACAACACCCCAGCCGACAACACCUCGGCCCACAACACCCCAGCCGACAACACCUCGGCCCACAACACCCCAGCCGACAACACCUCGGCCCACAACACCCCAGCCGACAACAACCCUGCCUACAACACCUCAGCCGACACCCCCCUCGAGCACAGCCUCAAUCGGCCUAACCCUCCCCUAUCUUCAACUCCUUUGCCGUCCAAUCCCUCUCCUCCUCCUCCUGUACCAAGCACUCCCCUUCCCACUAGCGCCAGCGGGUCUCCCCCUCUGCAAAGUAACCCACCGCCCAAGGCUGUGCCCCUAUCCCCACCUACCAAUCAGCCCACCCCCCCUUCUCAAACCAACAGCCCUCCCUCAAUUACUCUCCCCUCUAACAGCCCCCCUCCUUCAAACCUCGGUCUUGCCUCAUCUCCGCCCCCUAAGGCGAACCCACCGCCUAAAGCAACAAGCUCCACCCCCCCCCCUCAAUCUGUUCCGGCCUCUCCUCCUCCCACCCUCACGCUCUCUCAACCUCCACCACUUAAAGCCAACCCGCCACCCCUUCUCCCGUCUCCCUCACCCAAAGUGCCCCCCCCUCAGAGCCCCGUGCCUUCUUCCCCUCCCCCAACCGCGUCUAAGAACCCUCCGCCAGUACGCAAUCCUCCUCCCCUCCAAGCCAACCCGCCACCCCUUCUCCAGUCUCCCACACCCAAAGUGCCCCCCCCUCAGAGCCCCGUGCCUUCUUCUCCUCCCCCAACCGCGUCUCAGAGCCCUCCGCCACCUGGCAAUUCUCCCCCUCUAAGCGGUCCCCCUCCUCCGAAAGUUGCGCUCUCUCAACCCCCCCCAACUCAAGGUAGCUCGCCACCUAAGAAUCCACCGCCCAAGGGUUCUAUGCCUCAAUCUUUCCCGCCUCCCCAAACCAAAAGCCCGACCCCGCCGCUCAACCCUCCUCCUAGCCAGGCCCUUCCCCCUCCGAUAACCGCUUUGACUCAACCUCCACCCCCAAGCGCUAACCCGCCUCCUCAAGCCAAAGCUUCGACCCCACCAGUGAAUCCCCCCACCGUCUCUACGAAAAACCCCCCACCACCGCCUCCAUUGAAUCCUCCACCCUUGGUUCUCCCUGGGCCAAAUCCCCCCCCGCCGCGCCGGGCUCCACCUCCACCCCCCGUGAGGAGGUGCAGAUCGACCUCUGAUUGCGCCCUGAAUAAAGGCUGCUGCACCGAACAGUAUACGGGCAAAGUUGGUGUUUGCACAAACGUGCCAGUGUUGUCCAACGGAACCCAGGUCUGCUCCAAUUGCAACGUGUUCAACGGACCGACCUGCCCUCCCGAAAAGGGAGUGUGCUGCGCCACCGGAGAGUGCAAAGCAUCGGCCAAUGAGUGUCCUUGUUACUACUCCCAAUAUUAUUGUCCAACAGGCUUUUGUUGCAGAGAAUACUAUUCGGGCAACGAAGGCACCUGCACCGAUACGCUUAUCCUUUCAAAUGGCACCCAGGCUUGUCCUAACUGUAACGAUUUCAACGCCAACGGCCUCGCCUGCCCCGACAACAAGCCUUUCUGCUGCCCCACUGGAGGAUGCGCCGCAGACGAGAGCGCAUGCACCUGCGAGUCCAAUGGUCAAUGUCCAUCAGGGUAUUGCUGUACUGGAGAUUACCGAAACGGUACAACUGGUCAUUGCACAAACGCACCCUUCGACAGCAGUGGCGCGCAGGUCUGUCCACAGUGCCAGGAAUACAACGGAGUCUCCUGCCCCGCCAACAAGGGAGUAUGUUGUAGACAGUCCGGAGAAUGCGUCAGUGACGUGGAGGCCUGCCCUUGUCCUUAUAGCUCCUACUACUGCCCGCAGGAUUCUUGUUGCACGGGCUAUUACGUCGAUGGACACUGCUCGAGCACGGCCUUCUUCAGCAACGGCACCCAGGAGUGCGCAAACUGCAACGAUUUCAAUGGGUUAUCCUGUCCGACCAACAAGAAGGUGUGCUGCCCGAAUGGGCAGUGCGCGGCAACCAACGCCGGCUGCACUUGCACUUACUCCGGCCAAUGCCCCAGCAAUUACUGCUGUACCGAAGAGUCAUCCGGCAAAACAGGAAGAUGCGUCAACGCGCCCUUCAACAGCAGCGGCAAGCAGGUCUGUCCAAACUGCAACAAUUUGAACGGGCUGAGCUGCCCCGCCAGCAAAGGAACUUGCUGCGCAUCGGGGCAGUGCGUUGCAUCUCCAACCUCCUGCCCAUGCAUCAGCGCCGGUUAUUGCCCGUACAACACUUGCUGCAGCCGCGAGUACGACUACGACUCCAACACCGGGACUUACAAGCAGGGCACCUGUUACGACACGCCCGUCCUUGCAAAUGGCACACAGGUGUGCCCGCAAUGCAAUAGCUUCAACGGUCUCAGCUGCCCGGCUUCCAAGUCGUUCUGCUGCCCCAACCACGGAGAAUGUGCCGCGAGUGAGAGCGGUUGCAAGUGUGAAGCGGCCGGAUAUUGCCCGUCCGGUUUUUGCUGCUCGGAGGAAUAUUCCGGCAACCUCGGUAGUUGUACCAACACGCCAAUCCUGUCAAAUGGCACACAGAUUUGCAAGAACUGCAACAACCUGAACGGGGCCAGCUGCCCGGCUUCCAAGCCAGUGUGCUGUCCAUUGGGAGACUGCGCCGCGAGCGAGGCAGACUGCUCGUGCCAAUACGCCUCUCAAUGCCCGUAUGGGUACUGCUGCACCAAGGAGAAUGGCGAGUUCGGCAAAUGCGUCCAGUCGCCGGUUGACCCUGCAACCGGAGACCAAGUUUGUCCCUACUGCUAUAGCUUCAACGGCGCAAGUUGUCCUGCCGACAAGUCGUUCUGCUGCCCUCGAGGGAAUUGCGCUGAGAGUGAGGGUUUUUGCGGAUGCCAAGCGGCCGGAUACUGUCCAACCGGCUAUUGCUGCUCGGAGGAGUACUCCGGCAAUCCUGGUUUUUGCACAAACACCCCCGUCAGCAGCAACGGUACGCAAAUCUGUCCACAAUGCAACGACUUCAACGGCGCUGCUUGCCCUGCGACUAAGAAGGUGUGCUGUCCAAACGGGCAGUGCGCGGCGAGCGGUGCUGCCUGCACCUGCCAGUAUUCCAGCGAGUGCCCCACCGGUUACUGCUGUACUGAAGAAAGCUCUGGCAAAACAGGUAAAUGCACGAACGCCCCCAUCAAUAGUAGCGGCAAGCAGGUGUGUCCAGACUGCACUCGUUGGAGUGGGUUAAGCUGCCCCGCCGGCAAAGGAACGUGCUGCCCAACGGGGCAAUGCGCCGCGUCCGAAAGCUCCUGCACAUGCAUCAGCGCCGGUUAUUGCCCGCCCAACAACUGCUGCAGCCGCGAGUACGAGUAUACGGUGUACCCGAAUUACUUGCAGGGUACGUGUUACAACACGCCAGUCCUCGCAAACGGCACGCAAAUCUGCCCAGACUGCAACGACCUAAACGGUCUCAGCUGCCCUGCUUCUAAACCAGUGUGCUGCCAGUUAGGAAAUUGCGUUGCAAGUGGCGCAGACUGCUCGUGCAGGACCGCAUCCAACUGCCCGUCUGGAUAUUGCUGCACCAAGGAGAAUGGCGAGUUGGGCAAAUGCGUACAGUCGCCGAUCGAUCCUGCAACUGGCAACCAAGUCUGUCCGUACUGCUCUUCUUUCAAUGGCGCGAGUUGCCCCAGCAACAAACCAUUCUGUUGCAACCGCGGUUACGGGGAAUGCGCCGCGAGUGAGAGCGCUUGUAAGUGUGAGGCGGCCGGACACUGCUCCACCGGCUAUUGCUGCACGGAGGAAUACACCGGCAACCAGGGCCUCUGCACCAACACACCCGUCGUGACAAACGGGACGCAAGUGUGCGCCAACUGCAACACAUUCAACGGCGCGAGCUGCCCCGCCGACAAGAGCGUCUGCUGCCCGCUCGGAACCUGCGCAGCCAGCAAUACCGGGUGUACCUGUCGUUAUAGCGGUGACUGCCCGAGUGGUUUUUGCUGCACGGAGUACUACAGCGGCAAGCUCGGCGUCUGCACGAACACGCCCGUCCUCGCCAACGGCACCCAAGUGUGCCCGUACUGUGGCGACUUCAACGCUAUGCCGGGGACUGCCCAACUGCUUAUUGCUGCACCGAGGAGUUUAGCGGCAACCUUGGGAAGUGCACGAACAGGCCGAUCGACAGUACCGGGAAGCAGGUGUGCCCCAACUGCGACGACUUCAAUGGCGCGAUAUGCCCGGCCAGUCGGAACCUGUGUUGCAGCGGACUGUGCAAGUUUGGGUCCGCGUGCAGUUAGCGCCGCCCUCACGCGCUUCGAUUACUCCAGAGCGAAGGGGCACUCAGAGGACCGGCUUGAUUGA